CAAUGGGGAAGAAGAGGAGAAGGAAGCUCCCAGCAGCCAAGGAAAGAGCCGGGGCCACAGUUUGGAGGAAACCUGAGGAAGGAAAGGGGCCAAAUACAGGGGCAGAUGGAGAGACUGGAGUGGGAAGGGAAUGGACUGAUCCGCGCAGGUUGGACAGUAACAAGGACUUGGACUAUCCCAAAGUAAAGGGGAUCCUCCGUGCACUGGAUUCAUGGGAACCCCAACUUGGCUCCAAGGAGAUGAAUUGUCCCCCAGCGCUAGACUGCAGCCCUCCCUUGUCUUCUGCCCCUCGGGACCCCAGUCCUGCCCACCUGCCCCCCUCUGAGACCCUCGAUGAUUGUGCCCAAAGUAAAGAUGGACUCCGGCCUGCAUCUCCCUGCUCCAUAUCCAGCACUGAAGCCCCUACUGACUGUGGCCCCUGUAUAGACAUCGAGUCCAGCUCCCCCCACAGGUACGAGGCGAGUGAGGAGAGCAGUGACAGUGAUGUGGAGUUGGUGAGACCCCGACAAGUGAAGCGCAGGCGACUUCUACCUGGGACCCUCCCGGCCUCCGUCUCUGUCUAUUCCAAUAAGGUGAACAGCAGCCUGAAACUGCCCCCCGAUACCUCAAAGACCCUCCUGCAGAUGUCGGAGGAGCUGCGCAGGAUCCAGGGAUCAGAAGAUGUAGAGAGUGACAUUGUGCCCCCCAUCACCCAGCAAAAGCCCCCCAAGAAGGAACUGACAGACUCUGACACUGAUGAGCAGGAGCCCCCCAAAACUGAGCAGGAGAGACUCCACAGCGGCUCUCCCUCACCCCCACCCACCCCUCGGACCCCAGUAAGGAGAAGGGGGCGAGCUUAUAACAAAAUCAGGGAAAUGGACGCUCGGCUCAAGGAUUUGGGGACAGUUCUAUCACCUGGACAGAAGGUGAGGGCAGAAGACAGUGAUGUCAUCGUAGUGGGGAGUAGCCCCGCCCCAGAGCUGACCAUGAAGGUGCGCAGGGGAGGCAAACUCUUCAGGAUAAACCUGGGAAUGUGGGACCCCCUGGAGAAAGUGGCGCAGUCCAUGGCUUCCCAACUGAAUGUGGACCCUUCCCAGAUCCUGCUUCUCCUUGGGGACGAGGAGCUGAACCCCUCUCACACCCCACACUCCAUGAACCUGACUGUGGCUGAUAUUAUUGACUGUGUGGUUGUGACCCCUCCGUGUGAUGAGCAGAAAGAUUGUGACCCCAAUGAGAAGAUCAGUAUAAAGGUGCAGGGCAAGGACAAGCAGUCCCACCUCAGUGUCAUGGUGGGGAAGGUGGAGCCGCUUCAGUCCCUGAUGGAUCAGUACCAGGCAGCGAUGGGUCUCACCAAGAAGCACAAAGUCUCCUUUUACUUCGAGGGCCACAAACUGAAAGGGAAGAACACGGCCGAGGAGCUGGGACUGGAAUGUGAUGACAUCAUAGAGGUUUGGGCCUGACCCACGUGUUCUGCCCCAAAAAGCAAUAGACUUGGUUCUGCCCCAUAAACUUCUCAGGAUGCCCAACAAUCAGCUGCGUGUGUUGGCCAGAGGGCAGCCAUGUUUUUCCCAUCAUCCCACUGUUGCCAGGGAGAGUCCAGUGGAGCUGCCUCAGGCCCCAGAGUGUGUGAUUAUUUAUGGACUUACUGUAAAUACCUCUUUCCUUCUGUACGUUUCUUACUGGAGCCUUUACUUUUGUAUCAAAUAAAUAAAAGCCAGAUGUUGUUCAACUGGCAC